GCAACUCUAAGCUAAUAGCAUAUGUGCAUAAAUAAAAAUUGUCGUACAACUCGCAAUCUGGCUAAUGAUUGUAAAUUCUUUAAUUGUGUAAAAAAUGUUUGUCAUUAAGUCCGCUCCUCUAAUUAGAUCGUUGCGAAUUGGUUCAACGUUAAGUGCGAAGAUUUUCAAAGCCAGUCCUUCCACCUAUACGUUAUCGUCGGUUCAGGCAGUAGAAAACCAAAUCCGCUAUUACGCAAAGAGCAAAGAUAAAAAAAAAGAAAAAGGGAAGCCCGCCAAAGUAGAAAUUAAUGAAACGCUGCUGCGUGAUGUCAUUGACUACGACGGGCUUAAUACACAAAUGCAAAAAGCCGUUCAACAAAUGAAGGAUGAUUUCAUUAAGAAUCUAUCACUGCGUUCGACCACCGGCGCCAUUGAUUCUCUUAAAAUCUCUGUAGAUGGCAAAGAGCACGAAUUGCAAGAACUGGCCCAAAUAUCCCGCAAAAAUCCUAAAACAAUAAUAAUCAAUAUGAUUGCGUUUCCUCAAACAAUACCAAAUGUGUUGACGGCUUUAGAGAAAAGUGGUAUGAAUUUAAAUCCGCAACAAGAUGGCACAACUCUCUUUAUACCUAUACCUAAGAUUACGAAAGAUCAUCGAGAAAAUCUCUCCAAAAAUGCGAAAACGUGCUUCAUUAAGUAUCGCGAUUUAAUCAAGGAUAUACAGAACAAUGUAAUUAGGAAAUUAAAGAAAAAAGAGAAUAUAUCGAAAGAUGAUGUUUACUCAAUGCAAACUCAAAUCACUGCCAUCAGUGAUAAAUAUAUAUGUGAAGCGGAGAAACUGCUUCAGUCUAAGCAAAAGGAACUACUUGGAGAUUCUUAAAAAUAAAUUAUUUACUUAUGACUAUCAACAACUCUAAACGGCACAAGACGUUACAAGCAAAAUCGCUUUGUUAAACUUCUUUUAUAAUGAGCCGAUCGUUACGUACUAAUAGCAGAUGACUAUAUGCUAUCACCGGAAAAUUUCAAAAGCAAGAGCAAAAGAUUAAAAUUUAAAUUUUCUCCCGGCAA